AUGAGAUUACAAUUAAGGAUUCAUUACUUUAGGAUGUUGCCUCCUCUAUUAUCAAACUAAAUAAAUCGAAACAUUUGGCUCUCUAUUGCCAGCAUCUAUUCUAAGCACAUAAACUCUUUUGCAAAACUGCAUAAGAAAAGGAUUUAGUUAGUUACAAAUUAUUUUGUCACCAAACUAUCAUUUGCCUAUUGA